UGCAGCCGGCGGCGUCACACGAUGCCAUGAGCGGGGCACGCGAGCGCCGCGCCGACACCGUCGAGCUCCUGCCCCUGAAGUCGGCGCUGGUCAACAACAACCGCGAGGAUGAGGCGUACUACCCGCCGGCCCUGCCGUCCACCUCCAACCUGUCCAACCUCUACGAGUACACGCUGCUCUCGAAGAGGACGCCGGCGUCGAAGAGGCUCCUCUCCAAAACUACACAACCCUCGCCCACUCCCCUGGUGACGCUAUGCGGGGCGCCGCCUCCGUCCAGGAAGCGCGAGGAGCUGACCGCGCUCGCUAACCUGCGCAAGAAGGUGGCUCCCGCGCUGCUGCCCGACAGAAAGUCAUCCAACAAGAACAACAACGAGCAGGCGAACAAAGACGACAACGAAGAGCAACUAGACAACAGACCAAAACUUUUACAAAGGGUGCUACAAACGCGUCCGGUCAGCAUGGUGGUGCAGUGGAGCGAGGUGCGCACGGCGUGGCAGGACAGCGACUUCAUCACGGAGUGCCUCUGCUGGCACAACGUGUACCGGCAGCGGCACGGCGCGCCGCAGCUGUACAUGGCGCCAGAGCUGUGCGACUACGCUCAAGCGUGGGCGAACCACCUGGCGCACACAAACAAGUUCCACUACAGGAACGACCGCGACGUGGGCCAGAACCUCUACCAGCGCCCGGUCAGCGCGCUGCAGCCUGACAUCACAGGGCAAGAAGUGUCUUCCUACUGGUACGCAGCUGUCCGCCAGUACAACUACUUCAAGGAGCCAGAUGUUCUACACGCCAACGUUAAUGGAGGUCAUUUCACGCAAAUGGUAUGGGUGGCAACGCGCUUCUUCGGCGUAGGCAAAGCGCGGUCUCGCGCGGGCAAAGUGAUUGUGGUGGCAAACUACUCACCACCAGGGAACGCCUCUGGUCAGUUCGAGGCCAACGUGCUCCCACCGCUGCCGGAGAACUUCCCAGACCUGCCACCACCGCCGGAGCACUGACGAAGGUUCUCCAUACGUGGCAGGAGACUACAGAUCGACGCCACGUUCAACCGAUAAACGCAAAUGCAACGAAUAACGACGCGACGUGUCAGAUUUGGAUAACGUUAUGAUUUUAUUAUGAAAAUGUAGAAUUAGAAAGAGCGAAACAUCGAAAACCGGUAGAUAGCUACUGAAUUGUCAGCUUAUAUAGACAAAUUGCCUUAGAAUUGCCCAUUGAAGCACGGAAGUGCUCUACAUCGUACGAAUCCACGUCCAUGAUUCAUAUCAAUUAGUGUUGUGUUGAUGUAAUGUACACGAGGAGUAAGGUGUAAGGUAUACACGACUUAAUUUUUAUAUGAACACAAAAAUAAAUUUUGAUACAAAAAUUAAUACGUAAUUAAGCCUCAAAUAUGAGCUUCGAUUAACGAGCUAACAACACAAGCUGGGGCCUGUUGUAUCAACGAAGCCUUUUUCUAAGUCCGUCUUCUGCAAUUAAUUAAUCACACCGUCCCAAUUGAUUCUACCGCUACCGCACAGCUUGUGCCCUUGUGGCUGUUGGAGUUAGCAGGUUAGAGCCUUCGAAUUUUCGGCCUACUGUACAUACCUCUAGCACGAAAAACAUUCCGCCUUCGAAAGAAAAGCUUUUGAUGGCGAUUCGAAUACGCAUACGAUUCGAAGUCGAAAGUUUUUCGUGCUAGAGGUACUGAUACUGUACCAUUUCUAUACCACAACACGUGACACAUCGUCCAUUUUAGCUUUGUGCUUAGUCAAUUAGGUAAUUAAAAAUCUUGGUUGUUUCUGCCUGAGCUUGGAUUUUAUAACGAUAUUUAGAAUUAUAAAGCAAUAGUCAUACGCACAGACACGUUUUAGAGAGAGAUUAAGUAUAAUAGAUUUUAUGCCUGCCAUAGUUUUAGUCUACCUAGUAAGAUGCUUUUGAGGAUGUUUGUUAUUAAUUACAAUGCUAUAAUCCUUAGGAAAUUAUAUUCAGGGCUACCCAAAAAGGUUUUGUUAAAAUCCUUCAAUUUCGAAAAAGGGUGCAUAUUACAUGGAAUGUCGGUUUUGUAAAUGUAAUAUGAAAGCUAAACCAAAGCUUGCACCAUCCAGUGGAUUUUUGCAUUGGUUUACAUUUUCUUCUAUAUUUCCUCAUGUGGGAAUCCAACUUACAGAACUAUUGUACCGCUGAAAUUCCUCAAAAUGAUGUGCUACAAAAUAGUUUUAUACAAUAGGUACAAAGAUCGAAAGUCAAAACAAUCAAGUUUACAGUCAUUUGUAACUUCUUCUACUUAAAAAUUCACUAUGAAGUCACUUGACGUCACAAUUGCUAUUAAUUUUACUGUAGGCGUUGUGCGCCAAAACACCAAUCUCGUAGUAAUAAUGUAUUUCCAAUGCAAUAAUUAUUAAAAAUAAUAAUGAUGUUGUCUCAAAACAUCUUUAGUCUCUCUAAUCUUUAUCUGGCUGCCCUCUAUAGAAUUCUAUACACUCUUUUAAACAUAAUAUCUAGAAAUUCCAGAUAUCUUCACUGUUAAAAUACGAACUUUUAGAUACUUCUCUAAUAGAAUAGCCCACUUUGUAAACUUUGCAAAAUAUUCGUACUAAGCACUUUAGGCCUAAAAAUAUUUUUGCUUCUCCUAAUUAUGAAUAAAAACUCGUCUUCCCAAAAGGUUGAUGAUUACUUAUAUUGUACAAUUGUUAAGUUUUCUUGUUAUAAUAUCACUAUGUAUGAUUCAUUCUGAAUGUAUUUUUGUAAAACGGAAACCAAAAAUCUUGUGAACGGAAAUGUUUAAGAAUGCAUUAUGAGCAAAUUGGGUGUUAUAUGAGAGAAUUAUUUCCUAAUUUAGGUGAAUAGUUAAUGCUUAUAAGGAAAAUUAAAUGAGAUUUUAAUCUGCACUUAAAAAUACUGAAUGUUUCAGUCUUACUCUUUAUAUGACAAACUUAUUUUAAUUUAGAACAGAUCAUGAUGGAUCUUAUCUAUUGAAUUUAAAUUAUAUUAGCAGUAGUACAGUACAGUGUGUCACCUUUUCAUCAGUUUUGCAUUGAGCAAAGCAGCAAUGCCUCCCUGGCACAACCAUGACAUUUUUGCCUUCAUUAGUACAUUAUCAGGAUAUCCCAUACAGUAGCACAUCUAGCAUAAGUCAGGAGUAGAAAACUUUCCGAGAUACACAAAUCAUUUAUCUUUGUUCAUAGAAACAUACAAUCAAAUUGAAGAACUUACCUAUCCAGCUAGUGCUAUAUCUUGUUACAGCUUAUAAAACUUUCUGAUUCACUAUAUUAAUUUGUUACCUAAUAAGACAAAAAAGGGUGAUAAGUGCAAUGUUAUUGUUGUAUUUAGUUGUAGAGAACCACAUUGAUGUAGAUACAGUGCCAAAUAAAUAAGUAGCCUAAA